GAACUGUAAUGGAAAACCGACUCAAAAUACGAGUCUCUCGCAUGUUCAGAUCCUCAUUCGGGUCUUGCAGGACCCGAAACUUCUCCGAUGUCAUGGAAAAAGCUCCACACUACCACCCACCAUCCUCACAUCUCAUGGAGCCCAUGUCCCCCAGACUUCGUCCCUUUCCUUCCAUCUUCAGACCCAAAGCCUCACAAUCUCUUCACACUCCAUGCUUUGAUUCCCUCUGCGACGACCUCAACGGUAGGUCUUGUCUUCUUGCUUCUCGUAGCUGCGAGAAUGAGUUUGAUUCUGCCGAGAAAGUGAAAGAAUCAGCAAGAAAGAAGAAGGAUACGAAGAGGAGGAGGAAGACGACGACGACGAAGAAGAAGAAGAAGGAUACCCAGAUGAAAAUCAAUGACAAGGAGACUAUUCCGUUCAGUUAUAGCAAGAAAGAAGCAGAUGAUUUUGGAGGGAAUUGGUGGUAUAGCAGCGACGACGAAGAUGACGAGACGGAGACUCUUUUCUCUUCUAAAAGCACCUCGUCUGACUCCUCACAGUCUCGCCGGUUUCGCCGGAGGCAUCGGUCUCGCCGGAGAAAGCAGGACGGAAGUCGGAUCAGCUCUAAGAAGGGGAAUUCUGAGAUGGGUGUUCUGCCAUUGCAGGUGAAAGUGAAGGAUAGCUUCGCCGUGGUGAAACGUUCGAGUGAUCCUUACAAUGACUUCAGGACGUCAAUGGUGGAAAUGAUAGUGGAGAAACAGAUAUUUGCUGCAAAGGAUUUGGAGAAUCUGUUGCAGUGUUUUCUGUCACUGAAUUCACAUCAUCAUCACAAGAUCAUUGUGGAAGUAUUCACAGAGAUUUAUGAUGCUCUGUUCUGUGACUGGGUUUAGAAUUUGAAUGGAAAGCAGAGAGAGAACUUUUCUGAGUUCAUUGUGCUUUGUUUCUAUGGAAAUUAGUUUAGUUUCUGACUUAGCUUAGCUUAGCUUCCUUGUAUCAUACCUCAUUUUCUAUUUAAUUCAAGUCACUUCUCCGGUUCUCUUCCCCUGA